AUGGUUUUGGGUGUGAUUGCACUGAUUGGUUGGGGUUCAACAAGCAUUAACACCUUUUGUGCUAUUUUGUUCAAGUGUUCUGUCAUGACUGACGAGUGGACAAGAUUUUUUAAGAUCAUUCUUGAGACACAAAUAAGUUCCCUGACUUUUGAAGGACGUGAGUAUGAAGGAACUCUGAAAAUGGUGGAUAAUCAGCCGACCUUGGUCGAAGGAUGGGAUGCUUACAUUCAGGCAGAAUACAUUGAAAUACAUUACAUUCUGUUUUUCAAGAGAAUCAACAAUUUCCAUUUCAAAAUUAUGGUGACGGACAAAACUGGUUGUGAAAGAACACCGGUUUAUAAAGUUGAUGUAAUUCAUGGUAAUGGCAAGAGAUUGUUGCAAAACGGUGGUGUUCGACAAUUUGCGAUUGAUAGUGGCAUUUUGGUUGGUUCUUCAUGCAUGUUCACCCACGUCGGACCACUCAACCCGGAUAAAGUGAUUAAGUUCAGGCUACCAAGUUACCUUCCACAUGUUCAAGAUUUCCUUAUGAUUGCCGCAAUCACCCAUACUGAGCUCAGAAUACCUUCAGUGCUUAUUGAUGUUGUUGUAGACUUCUUUGACAGAGAAAAUGCCUGA